UUUUCCAAUUCCAAACAACCCGCGCAGGCUCAACUCAAUUUCCUUUCCAAAGCAUCAAUGGCAGAAGAACUCCCUGAAGAAAACGGCGUAGAACGGACCUGCCGCCUCCAAAUCCCCACGGGUCGGGUCAAGAAGAUCAUGAAGAUUGACGACGAGGUCAAGAAGGUGAAUUCGGAGGCACUGUUUCUCAUCUCCCGAUCCACCGAGCUCUUUCUCGAAUUCCUCGCCGAGAAGUCGGCGGAAGUCGCAGUGGAGAAGAAGCGGAAGACUGUAAAGCUGGAGCACUUACGGCUCGCCGUCAAGAGGCACCGCCCUACCAGCGAUUUCCUCCUAGACUCUCUCCCGAUGCCUUCCCAGCCGUCCCAUCAACCGUCCAAAGCAAGCCGCAGUCGCUCCGACGAUAAGCCAGUUCCUCACGGGACACGAAAAAUCGAUGCCUUCUUUCAGAAAUGCACUUAGGAUUAUGAAUGGAUUAUCCCAAUUUCAACAGGCUAUUCGGUUUUUGCUAUAUACGCAGUGCAAAUUAACCUUCUCAGAGAAAUCUCUCAUUUCUCUUGCUAGGGAAAUCUGUCAGCCAGCAUUAGAUUUACUGCAACAAUUGUAUCAUUCUAAUUAUUCGCCUUUCCAUAAUUAUAAGUCGAAUGGAAGUUAUUUACUCCAUAUUUU